CAUCUUGUCAGUAGAGAAUAUUAACCACUUGGGAAUGAUAGACCAUGAAACUAUCGCCUGCCAAAAUUGUAAUUCUUGCCAAAAUUGUCAAGCAGGCGAAGAGUGCUUAAAUAUGCAACCGAAAUUAAUUUUUACCCGGAAAGUUAAAGAAUACAUUCAUAAUGUUCUAGACUCUAUAAUUAAGCAUGCGAAUGGAGAAGAAUUAGAACCCGAUAAUUACAACGAUAAUGUCACUCCUUUUUUGAAAAGAUAUAAUGCAGUAUUAUAUGGAGCACCCGGCACCGGUAAAACUGAACUAGUAAACGAAUUAGUCCACCAUUUACACGAAAAAUUUAGCAAUCCCGAAAUUAGAACUUUAA